AGAACCCCUAAUAACGAAUAAUUUAUGUAAUAUACUUGGUUUAAAACAAACUAUAUUUUGAGCUGAAUUUGGAACUGCAUUUAGAUCUAGAAGCAAACUAUAUAUUAGUAAAAAAUUUACUGUAUUCUAAACCCUGUUUUUAAAAAAAAAAAUAUUUUAAUUAAAAAAAUAUAGUUUUUUGUCAAAACUAAAUUAAAAAUACUUUAGGUAAAACGGCACAAAAUUGAUUUUAAAUAUAAAUUUAAAAAAAAAUGGCCAAAAAGACAACAGCUCCUAAAUUACAAGAAGAUAUACAAACCGAUGAGGAACUAAAUACAUUUUUAGAUAGACCAGGCUUAUGUGUUUUAGAUAUAUAUUCCGAAUGGUGUGGUCCCUGUUUGGGUAUGGUGGGAAGUUUAAGAAAGCUUAAAUUAGAUCUAGGAGGAGAUAAUUUAAGUUUUGCCAUAUGUAAAGCGGAUACUGUAGAAGUAUUUAAAAGAUUUAGACGUAAAAGUGAACCCACCUGGUUGUUUGUAACGAACCACAAAGCUGUAAAUAUCUUUUUUGGUACCGAUGUACCCAAACUGUUUUCCCUAAUCUAUUCUGAACUUCGUUUAGUUUCUUUAAAAACCCGAAAUUUUUAUGAAUUAAACGAAUAUCAGCCUAUAGAGUUACAACGUCUUAAAAUCAAAGAAGAAGCCAUAAAUAAGGCCUUAGCAUUGGAAUUUGAGAAAAAAGAAACCAAACGUUUGAAUUAUCUCUACGAUGUCACUAAUACCAUAAUGGAAAAUUUGAUUGAUAUGGGUGUUACGAUCUUUGGGCCACAAGUUAAUCGUGAUUUAUUAAAAAUCAUCCUGCAAAGAGGCGAACAAUUAAAAAUCCAAUGCAAAGAACGCAAAACGGUGGUGCUUACCAGAGAACACUUUCAAACUAUACACUUUGAUUGUCCCAAUCCCAUAAGAGAUGAAGUUUUGGAACAAUUAGAGGAUAAAGAAUUGUUUAUUUGCUAUUGGAAGGUAAUGGGAGAUGGUGAAGAUGUUGCUAGAAUAUUAAAACAAUUUGCAGAAGAUUUACAAAUGUCUCACACUGAGCCUACGGCGGAUGAAACUGAAGAGUCGGUACUAUUGCCGGCCAUAUUGCAGCCACUGGAGGUUAAAAUUGAAGAAAAAAUUGAAGAUUCUCAAAUGUCUUUAGCUCAAUCCCAAGAUAAACUUCUUACACCCCCUGGAUCCCAAGAUUUACUAGGAUCUUUGAGGGAAUAUGAAGAAGACAGCAACGAAGAGGAAAUUUAUUAUCCUGCAUUAGAUUUAGAUUUUCCUACAGACUUUAGAGACUUCGAUGAACAGCUGUCAGAUAAAGAUGAAGUUGAUUUGUUUCCUGUGGUAGUAAAAAAGAAAACUAAGACCAGAAAAAUUAGCAUACCACCCAUUUGGACUCCAAAUAAUCAACGCACUCAUGCCGCCCUAAUAUACACGUAUUUCCGUAAUCAAACGGUUACAUUCUUACCGCCAGAUCCAAAACCUGAACCACCAUAUGUUAUAAUGGCUUUUGAUGUCUAUAAGAAGAGAGAUUUGAUUCUACAUGCCGAACGUUAUAGGAAUGAGGUACCCAUGUAUGGUUUCUUUACCAGUGAUGAUGCAGAUGAGGCUAAAUUUAUAACCAAUUCUUUGGAGAAGUAUAAAGUGCAGACAACCAACGACAAGAUCGUCUUAAAAGUUAAAAAGGCCACAUCUCACACCAUGCUGCAAUUGGUUACGUAUGGACCCAGCUACGUUAGUCCUAAUCUUGUGGUAGCACAAGAUGAAGUCUUAAAAUUUUUCCCACCCACCUAUAAAACUGCCGAACAAGAGUUACAAGAAGAACGAGCUAAUUUGGCAAAAGAGACGAUAGAAAAACAAGCAAAGAGCAUUAAAAAACAAAAGACACCGAAAACUAAAGAGACAAUUGAGAUGAAAAGACAUUCUGAUAAACUUUUGGAAACUCAAGACCCUAACACUUUAGUUGAGAGAGCUUUAAGCUUGAAUGGUUUGGAAGUGGCUAAUGAAACAAUCGUUCCUGAAGAAAGUCCUGCUGCUGCUGCUUGAAACUUUAACUUUUAAUAUUAUUUUCCUAAAUUGAAAAUUUAGUCUUUUACAAAAUUACUGAUCGUUUGUGAACUAUAAAGAUUAUCUGAAUAGUUCUCCAAGUUAUUUUGUAAAGAAUUAAAUUUACAAUUUAGUGGAAUAUACAUAAUAUCCAAUUUAAAAAAGUGUAUAGUUCUUUGAAAGGUUCAAAAUGUAAAAUAAAAAUUUGUAAAGUGAAA